AUGAGAGGCGCGUUCAAUACAAGGAAUGGUGGAAGUGUAAAAACGGAGUUGCUGGAGGGCAAUGUGUUCAUGGCAGCCAAAAAGCUGUACUUAGAAAGGUUUUAAAUAAUAUGAUGGAGGAAACAUAAUUUUCUUUUCAAAUCCCAAUAUGUAUAUAUAAAUCCACCCAAUAUUUGCCUGUCUCUAUAUACCUCUCCGAUUGAAGUAAGUAAUCACCGGGUUCGAUUCUGUCUCACAAGAUCGGCCUAAUUAAUAUUUCAGUUGCAGGAGAGUAGAGAAGAUGGACUCUCAUGAUGAGACAGGCCGCCAAUCUCCGGAAGGUCCCAUCCUGUGUAUCAAUAACUGUGGUUUUUUUGGAAGUGCAGCUACCAUGAAUAUGUGCUCCAAGUGUCACAAGGCAAUGAUCCUGAAGCAGAAGCAGCUGCAAGUGCAAGUCAUAGCAUCAUCCAUUGGAAGCAUUGUUAGUGGCAGCUCUAGUGGGAAUGAUAACGAACCAUCUAUAGCACCUGCUUUGGCUGUACAAUCCGGAAAUUUCGAGUCAAAAAUUGAAUCAUCCAUCGAUCCAUCCCUUAAGAAAUUUGAUGGGAUGAAAACAAAAGAGGGUCCCAACAGGUGUACUGCGUGUCACAAGCGUGUCGGUUUGACAGGAUUUAACUGCAGGUGUGGAAACACCUUCUGCGCAGCUCAUCGGUACUCCGACAAACACAACUGUCCUUUCGACUACAGGACCGCCGCUCGAGAUGCUAUUGCUAAAGCCAACCCUGUAGUCAGGACCGAGAAGCUUGAUAAGAUUUAAAGUGUCGAGGAUGAAGGUGGAGAUUUGUGUAAUGAAAUACGAUGUUUCUCCUACGCAUUUGUGUCAUCAGCUCAAUCAUAAUGAAGGUUAAUGUAAAUUGGGUGCUUUGUCUCAUCAUCAUGCGUCCCCUUGAUUGAUAUAAAAGAGCUGCAAAGUCCAUGAUAGGGAGGACAUCGUUGCAGUGUAAGGAAAGUUUGUAUUCCUUGUAGGUUGGCGUAACAUGACGUUCGCCCCAAUUUGUAUGUCUUUAUUUUAUGCUGGUUUGAUGGGAACAUCGACAUGAUUACCUUGUAAUGCUUCUUCUUCUUUUUUAUAUAUAUAUAAUUCUAUAUUCAAG